AUGAUGGAGUUAUGUGGUGCCUUGCUUUCAUCUUUCGAUAAACGAGGAGCUCCUCCUAGCGGUGGCGCAUUCUAUCAACCUGCUCAAAGUAACCCUCCUGGCGGUGGAGCAUUCUAUCAACCUGCUCAAAGUAACCCACCUGGUGGUGGCGGUUUUUAUUCAGGUGGUGGCAGAGGAGUAGCUAGUAAUAUUCCUACCGGAUAUGGUACAGGUGUUGGUGGUGGUAGUGCAGGAGAUAUACCUCCAAAUAUUCCUCCACCACCAGAAUUACCACUUUCAAUACCAAAACAGUUCAAUUCUGAUGACAAUAUGAUGCGUGUUGAAGAACAACCGAUGCCUGGUGCUCCAUUGGGCAGUAAUGCUGUUGAAGCUAAACCAGAUUUGACAUCGAAUCGACAAACAAUUGGUGAAAGUGCUUACGAGGAAAUUGUUAGCGAUCAUGAAGUUGCACAACAACAACAAAAACAACAACAACAGCAACAGCAACAACAACAACAGCAACAACAACAACUGCAGCAACAACAACAACAACAACAACAACUGCAGCAACAACAACAACAACAACAACAACAACAACAACAACAACAACAACAACAACAAUCAAGUGCAGAAAAAGAUCAAAUGAAUAGUUAUAUAGCGGAAAAGAAUAUCGGUAAUGUAGCACCUGUAACAACAGGUAGUAACGAAUUGUUGAAUAAAUAUGAGCACGUUGGAUCGAAAAGUUCAUAUGCUGAAGGAGGUGAUCAAGGUGAAACAUCAGCACAGCAAUUAGAAAUUGGAGCAGGAUCAACUGCUUCAGUAACUAUGAAAUCAGCUGAAUUCGAAUCAUUAGAAUCAACAAGAGUGGAUGCUAAAAGUGAUGAUACAAUAGCUGAUGCAAUUGCCGGAUAUGGUGGAAGCGAUGGAAAUACAAUUGUGGAAUCAAGGAGUAUUGAAACGGAUGAUGCAACAUGUAAUGAUCCAAUUUUAAAAGCUAUUGUUGAGUCAACACUAAAAGAGCAUCGUGAUAAUUUGGAUGCAGCACGAACUAUCGAAGGGAAAGCAUCGAAACGUUUUGGUGGACGAUUUAAUUCUAUUGUUUCUGAUUCCGAAUUUGCCUAUGUAAAUUGGUAUGGCAAGCGUAAUUGCCAGUUACAGCUUAACGGAAGGCAUUCAUUAACAUGGGAGGAUUAA